GAACCAUCCUCUCCCACAGACCACACUGCCCCCACCAAAUUUCCCCUCCCCCUGCCCGAAGUUGAACAGAGCAGCCGCUGUCCGCCCCCAUGGCUCCCUCCGUCCCCUAGAAUCAGCUCCGGAUACUCGCCAAGGGAUCCAGCUGCUGCGAGCCGUCAUGGACCGGACAUCGAAUUUCAUGCCUACUCCUGAUCAGGAUGUCCUCGAUAUCCAGCCCCUGAGGACUUUGGCUCCCAUGUUCCCUGCGCCCCUGGGGGUCAACACGUUUAACGUGCCCAACACCACCCCACCAUUGAUAUUUGUCACUUCAGCUGGGCAGUUUCCAGGGGGGUUUGGUGCUCCCGGCCAUCCUGCUUUCACGUCAUUCGCGGCCGCUUUCGGUGCUCAAGAUGCUUAUGGAGGGCAGCCUGCCUCUUCCCGUGGCCAGGAUGCCGGUAGAGGGCAACCUGCAUCUUCUCGUGGUCAGGAUGCCGGUGGAGGCCGGGCUACCACCUUUGCUGAUAAGUAUGCUGCUAAUGGAGGCCAGACUGCUGCUAAUGGGGCUACAAACCUUGGCGCCAGCGCUGACAACCCAAUUGAUGUCAUCCCUAUAUCAGCUUACAGGCCGACACCGCCACCUGUUAUACCACUGGAUGACGAUGACGAUGACAAUGAGCAUUUCACUGGCAACCAGACGUCAGCAUCUGGGCGGAAGAUCAAGAAGCCGUCCCACCUAAGUGGAUAUAAGAUGAGCGGCGGUUUGGGCAGUGAUGACAACAAUGGUGUGAAGACCAAACGCAACAAAUCCUUUCACAGGAAGGCUGGUGCUGACAAUGAGUUUACCUCGGUGCCCCUUUCAUCCAGCAAUCCCAGGGAAGUUGUGGAAGAGGUUCUCAUGAACUUCGAGGCCCUGCGGCGUAGACAUCUUCAAUUGGAUCAGGCACAAGAGAGUACCAAACGCCCAGACCUUAAGAUUGGUGCCACGAUGAUGGCCUGUAAUCUUAGGGCUAACAUCGGUAAGAGGAUUGGAGUUGUUCCUGGAAUCGAGAUAGGGGAUAUUUUCUACUUCAGGAUGGAGCUAUGCAUUAUUGGCUUGCAUACUCCUACCAUGGCUGGAAUUGAUUAUAUGACCCACACAUUUGGUGAUAAGGGUGAUGAUUCUGUAGCAGUAUGUAUUGUCGCUGCAGGUGUUUAUGAGAAUGAAGAUGAUGCUACAGACACACUAGUCUACAGCGGUUCAGGAGGUAGUAGCAAGAACAAUGAGGAGAUGCAUGACCAGAAGCUUGAGAGGGGUAACCUUGCUCUUCAGAUGAGCCUGUCGAGAAAGAAUGUGAUCCGGGUUGUACGGGGAUUUAAAGAUCCAGGUAGCUUGGGUGGGAAGGUUUAUAUGUAUGAUGGCCUCUAUAAGAUCCAUGAGUCCUGGAAGGAGAGAACAAAGACUGGGAUCAAUUGCUUCAAGUACAAGCUGCUGAGGGAGCCAGGACAACCCGAGGGAAUGUCAAUCUGGAAGAUGUCCCGGAAAUGGGUAGAGAAUCCAGCAACUAGAGGCAGAGUUCUACACCCUGAUCUAUCAUCUGGUACUGAAAAUCUUCCGGUGUGUCUUGUCAAUGAUGUUGACAGUGAGAAAGGACCAGGCCUUUUCACCUAUAUUACCCAGGUCAAAUACCCAAAGCCACUAAGUUCUAUGAAACCAUUACAGGGUUGUUCAUGCCUCAAUGCUUGUCUGCCCAGUGAUACCGAUUGUGAUUGUGCAGAGUUUAAUGGAGGUAAUUUACCUUAUAGUUCAACAGGAUUGCUUGUAUGCCGCAAGAAUAGGCUAUAUGAAUGUGGUGAAUCUUGCCAGUGUUCAGUUAACUGCCGUAACAGGGUGACACAGAAGGGGAUUAGGGUUCACUUUGAGAUCUUUAGGACAGGAAAUCGAGGCUGGGGUCUUCGUUCAUGGGAUCCUAUACGGGCUGGCUCAUUUAUCUGCGAGUAUGUUGGCGAGGUUAUUGAUGAGAGUAAAAGGAAUUUGGAUGGUGAAGAUGAAGAUGAUUACCUUUUUCAGACUGUGCGUCCUGGUGAGAAGACAUUAAAAUGGGAUUAUGUACCUGAACUGAUGGGGGAGCAAAUCACAAAUAAUUCAGCUGAUACUUUUGAGCCACUGCCCAUCAAGAUAAGCGCAAAGAAAAUGGGAAACAUCUCACGUUUCAUGAAUCAUAGUUGCUCCCCUAACGCCUUCUGGCAGCCAGUUCAGUUUGACCAUGGAGAUGACGGUCACCCACAUAUCAUGUUCUUUGCGCUAAAGCACAUCCCUCCCAUGACAGAGCUGACUUAUGACUAUGGUGAGAUUGGAGCUGAUUCUGGUGGUAUAGGUUCUCCUGGAGCUAAGAGAUGCCUUUGUGGAUCCUCAAAUUGCCGGGGCUAUUUCCGCUGAUUAUGGAAGAUGUGCAUUCUGCUUAUCAACAUGCCAAUCUAUCUGUUAGAUCAUUUUUUGGCCGUUCUGGUGGUACCUAGAAGAAGGGAAGUGUGCUGAAGUCUGACAGAGGUAGGAGCUUCUAAGAUGGCUCCCCUCAUGACUGCGCCGUAGUGGAGAUAGUAGACUUAUGUCAAGCUCUGCAAUGCCCAUUGUCACACAAGGACAAAGUAGCUUCUUGUGAUUCUGUGACCGUAGGCCUUGUGAGGUCAAUUUUGUAUGAUAACCUUAGUAUUUUGGUCAAGUCGAACCAAAACUCUUAGCGACCAAUAUGCCUAUUGCGCCAUUGUCGAGUAUGUUCAGACCAGUGGGCUGGCUUUAAAAACUUGAAUUUCCUGCCACAGUUGUUCUA